AUGGCUGGGGAAAGCGAUCUUCCCCGGAUCGCGGUGGUCGGCGCGGGCAUCUUCGCCCGCACGCAGUACAUCCCCAGGCUCCGCGAGAUCGCCCACCUCGUCGUCGUCAAGGCCAUCUGGAGCCGCACCCAGGAAUCUGCGGAGGCUGCCGCGGAGCUUGCGCGCGAUUUUGCGCCUGACAUCGAGUGUAAAUGGGGCGACGCGGGGCUGGAGGAGAUAAUGGGAGACCAUUCAAUCUUGGGUGUCGCCGUUGUUCUUGCUGGGCAAGUCCAGGUAGAGCUUUCCUUGCAGAUGCUCAAGGCAGGAAAGCAUGUGAUUCAAGAGAAACCCGCCUCUGGAUCGACGGCUGAAGCAGAAACUGCAUUGUCAGUCUACAACUCAUUUCCGAACCAGUUGCCAUAUAAACCGAUUUGGGCUCUUGCAGAAAACUACAGAUUUGAACCUGCAUUUGUGGAGUCAAACAAGUUGAUGAGUGACAUUGGUGAGAUGAUGAACAUCCAAGUUAUUGUUGAAGGAUCAAUGAACAGCUCAAACCCAUACUUCAACAGCUCCUGGAGACGAAAUUUUCUGGGUGGCUUUAUACUGGACAUGGGCGUACACUUCAUUGCAGGACUAAGAAUGCUUGUUGGUUCAGAAAUAGCAACGGUAUCAUCUAUCUCCCGACAUGUGGAUACGGCUUUACCACCGCCUGACAACAUAUGUUCUCUUUUCCAACUAGAAAAUGGAUGUGCUGGGGUCUUGGUAUUUGCAGUAAAUUCGAGAUCCCCGAAGAUAUUAUGGCGGGUUGAUGGAACAAAAGGAACAGUGCAAGUUGAACGUGGAAUUGAUAGUGGGAAGCAUGGCUACCAGGUGCUAUUUACAAGUGAAGAUGGGCAGUGCCAGAAAACAUUUUAUCCAUUUAGCGGUGUGCAUGAAGAACUGAAGGCAUUUGUCCAUGACAUCGUGCAGGCUAGCAAAGACGGAGAUCACAAGGCUGAACCCCGCAGUUCUUAUGCCGAAGGUGCUCGUGACGUUGCCGUUCUAGAAGCCAUGCUCGAAUCUAGCACGAAGCAAGGAGCCCAGGUGCAAGUGAAGAAAUUCUAAUAGAUGUCACCAAGCAAAAGGGAAAAAGGAAAGAACAUUCUUCUGCAAGCGCCAGCGGUCCAGUUCUCCUUGUUUUUUUUUUUUUGCAUCAGCGAUAAUGAUCACUGUUCCCUGGAAAACAGAGAUCAUAUUCAUACCAUUGAUGGUAUAGGAUGCAAAUCAGAGUGCUCCCUGGAACCAUCUAUCUUUUACUCAGGUCUAGCUGCCUACAGGUUUAUUUAUGCUUAUAAGUACUGGCUACCAUGUAUACCUAUGCUACUCAUCUUAUACCAUUCCUUGUAUGUUUCUGUUGAGGGUAAAGUGUACUAUUGUUGUUUUCCAUUCGAGUUGCAUAUACAUGUAUCUGAGAACCUCAACUUGAAAGGGGUUGUUUGUUUCAAAGGAAAAAG